GAAAGGUGUCCAGUGCAACACUAACCUGGCAGGGGGAGCAGCCUGUGGUGCUCAUGGUGUCACUUCCUCUAGUCAAGUAGAACAAUAUUUUGGAUAAUUCCUCUGGUGCUGGUCAAUGCUGCUCUGUCCUGGCUAGUGAGAUGUUGGGUGGGUUGCUGUUCUCAUGCUCCUCUCCUUUGUCUCGGAUGACUUCUCAGCCCCACGCACCUCCAGUCUGUUCUUCCUGGGGUCUCCCAUCAACAUCGCGGCUGCAGUGAAGCAGCAAUUCCACAUGCCUCUGAUGGUCUACAUGGAAAAGUGUGUUGCUGCCAGCACUCCAGAGCUGAGCCCUUCAAGCCAGACCUACCCGCUGAUCACCAACCACGGAUGCUUUGUAGAUGGACAGACUGGUAACUCCAGGUUUCUGCCCUGAGUCCAGACCUCUGAGAUCAGUCUGGUUGUCCAGGCCUUCAGGUUUACACAACUG